UGGGAAGACGACCCCAACUACCAGAUCACCGCCUUCUCCGAACUGCCCCACCGCUACUUCGGCCACAACCAACACAUCCGCGUCAACGAAGAUUUCAAAGAAUCCCUUCGCCAGAUCCUCUGGCGCUUCCGCGCCCCCAUCCGCUAUGCUUUCGCCUACGGGAGUGGCGUCUUCGCCCAACAAAGCAGCAAAAGCAUGACCGAGACCAGCAUGUCGCCCCACCCCAAUCCCCCCAAAGCAGUGGAAGACUGGCAAAAAGGCGGCGCGAAAAUCAUCGACUUCAUCUUCGGCGUCUCCCACACCCAACACUGGCACAGCCUCAACCUCAUGGAGCACCCCGACCACUACAGCUUUCUGCGCCACCUCCCCUACUCCUCCGCCGCCAUCUCCCACAUCCAAGACGACUUCGGCGCGGGCGUCUACUUCAACCCUUACAUCACCGUCAACGGCACCAUGAUCAAAUACGGCGUCGUGAACCUCGACACUCUGUCCCGCGACCUGAGCGAAUGGAACACCCUCUACCUCGCCGGCCGCCUGCAAAAACCCGUCAAAAUCUUGCGCGACGAUCCCCGCAUCCGUCUCGCGAAUCAAGUCAACCUCAUCUCCGCCCUCCGAACAGCCCUCCUCAUGCUCCCGGAGAAGUUCUCCGAACGCCAACUCUACGAGCGAAUAGCGGGAUUGUCAUACACGGGUGAUCCACGCAUGAAUCCCUUGUUCGCCAGCGAAAACCCGAACAAAAUCUCCAACAUUGUCGGCGCGCAACUCCCAGGCUUCCGCCAAUUAUACGUCCCCUUGAUCGAAAACCUGCCGAACGUGCAUUUCUCCGACCCCCGAACACCCAGAGAUCACGCGUGGGAGAAGGAAGACGCGAUCAGGCAUACGGGCACGAACCCGCAACUCGAUAACGUGCUCGGCGGCGCCGACGGACUCGAGCUGGAACAGAACAUGGAUCCCGUGCCACGAGGGAAUAUGGUCCGUCGACUCCCCAAAGCGUUCAGACGGAAACUCUACUUCCAAUACAAGAAGAAGUUCGGUAUCCCCGGCGCCGCGUUCACCGACGUAUUGGAGGCGAGCGAGGACGAAGACGCGACGAGCAUGCGCAAAAGGGAGGGUGGAGAUUUUGAACGCCGGAUUGCGGCGGAGGCCGAUUUGCCGGAGACGGUGGGCAGGUGUGUGCGGAACACGGUGGGGUGGCCGAGUACGACGCAAUCGAUCAAGGGGGUGUUUACGUCGGGGUUCGCGAAGUCUUGGAAGUAUUUGGGGGAGAAGAGGUCGAAGGGGAAGCGGUCCACGUUGUCCGUGGGAUCCGCGGCGGAUGGGAAGGCGGAGGGGAAGAAGGAUUGA